CCUGGUGUGGCCAAAGCGCGUCGAAUAGAUAACCAAGGACCGUGACGCUUCUGCCACGUCGAUUAUUUAUCGCAAGCGUGCUCUCUGCGGUGGCAGCACGAAAAAAGCGGCGCGCGACACACCAUGUUUUGCCUCUCCCCGUGCAAAGACACCCACGCCGAGAGACGGCCGCCACCGACGCCGCCGCGGAGGCAACCCACUCCCGUGGCCGCGCCGGUCGCGCGGGCAGCGGUCGAGCCGCCGAGCAGCACCCGGUGGUAUGCCAAUGCGGUCGCGGCGCUGGUCGUCGCGGUGGCCUGCGCGCUGCUCUCGCCCGCGCGCGCCGCGGGCGUCGCAGCUGCCGCGGUGGCCAUCGUGCUCGCUCUCCGCGGCCCGCGCAAGCGACGACGGCCCUCGCGGCUCCUGACGCCUCAGGAAGCUCUCUUCGCCGCGCCCUUAGCGCCUCCUGACGACGCCCUCGCGGCGGCAUCCUACCUCGUCCACGCCGACGCGACGGUCGACCCCGCGGCGCGGGGCUGGCGCCUCGCGGAGGAGGAACGGGGCGUCGGCCGCUACCUGCGGGACGCGGCCGGCGGCGGGCGCGACGCCAUGUCCGUCGGUACCGUGAACGCUUCGGCGGCCGUCGUCGACGCGGCGCUGGGCCGCGCGGCCGCACAGGCGCCGAGCGUCGUGGAGCCGCUGCGCGAUUCGAUCCGGCCGCUAAGCUGCACGGAGCCCCCGCCGGCCCUGGCCGAGGGCUGGACGCAGCGCGGGAACGUCGCGACGGCGCAUAUCAUCUGCAAGCGCGUGUGGCCCGUGAGCCAGCGCGACAUGGUGCUGACGACGGCGGCGGCGACACGGGAUGACGGCGCCUUCCUACGCUUCGCGACGUCGACGGCCCACGCGGACGCGCCGCUCGACGCGGACCGCGUGCGGCUGGAGGUGCGCGGCUCGGGCUACCUGAUCGAGCCCCGCGGCGACGCGUCGUGCCGCGUGACGCACGUGUCCUGCGUCGCGCCCGGGGACGCGCCCGCGUUCCUCGUGAACCGGCUCGCGUGGCAGCGGACGGCGAUGGUGCUCAAGGUGCGGGCGCUUGUUUUGGCGGAUUCUUCGUGA